CUAGAACCUCCAACCGUAGAGAGAAUGACUUUUGUGGAAGUGUUUGUUUUCUCUAGGAAUUCAUCCUCUUUCUAACAAUAUCUACUAAAUAUAAGAAUCAUACAAACACAAAGAAAAUGAUAUGGGCUUUACCUUUGAAGAACUCAAAAUUUAACCGUGUUUAAUCAUCAAGAAAAUAGAAGACAAAAUGGAACUGGUAUCCGGUUGACUGCGGUUUGCAGGGUCCGCCAUGGAGUCAGAGCAGAUGCUGGAGGGACAGACGCAGGUUGCAGAAAACCCUCACUCCGAGUACGGUCUCACAGACAACGUUGAGAGGAUAGUUGAAAAUGAGAAGAUUAAUGCAGAGAAGUCUUCCAAACAGAAGGUCGAUCUACAGUCUCUGCCAACCCGUGCCUACCUGGAUCAGACAGUUGUGCCUAUCUUAUUACAGGGUCUCGCUGUGCUUGCAAAGGAAAGACCGCCAAAUCCCAUUGAGUUUCUAGCAUCUUAUCUUUUAAAAAAUAAGGCACAGUUUGAAGAUCGAAAUUGAUUACUUGGGAAGAAAAGAAACAUUUGGUUGCUACUGUAGAUUUACAUGAUUACGAGGCAGCUUUAAUUGCCGUGAUUCCCCUCAUCCCUCUGGAACCUUCAGGACCACAGAACUCACUUACGGAGUUGCAGAAGAGAACAUAUCCCCUUGUCUGAUUUAAUCACCAUACUUAUUUAAUGAGUAUCAUCUGUGCAAUUUUUUUCUCCGAUUGUCUUUUACUUUGUUUUUGAAAAGACCUUCAAAAUAAACUGUUAAAACACCA